UCAUCUGUGCUGUCUCUCUGCGGCCUGCUUCCCGGAAUGCAAUGACUUCUAGGCCCAUCAGUGGACCGGAGGUCACUACACACCAUGAGAACCUACAGGAGUGUGGAGCUGAGACAUGCUUGUCCUCUGGAAAAAAUGGAGCCCGCUACUGCCCCUGUAAAGACCGCUACUGCCCCUGUGAAGACCACUACUGCCCCUGUGAAGACCACUACCGCCCCUGUGAAGACCACUACUGCCCCUGUGAAGACCGUUGCUGAUCCUACAUCCAGUCAAGCUGUCCAAGCUGCAAUCCACGCCGCCAAGCAGCAGAAGCGGAGACCCAAAAGCCUUUGUUCUGUGGGGAAUGGAGUCACCAGCCCCAAGCGAGAUACAAGUUCUAGCUCCCUCGGAGGACUGCUGGACCUCCUAAAGCAGAGGUCGGGGAGGAAGUGUCAGUCAUCAGGAGGCCUCUGUGUACAGGAGCACCCGCCGUAUAAUGGCACAAAUACAUCUCGACCUCUCAGCAUGAGUGUCCUGGACCUGAAUCGUCUGAGCGGAGCAAUAGGGGCCUCAUCCUCAGGGAGAGAGUUCAGCCACAGCUCCAGGUUCCUGCGUGGAGCCUCCAUGUUCAGCAGCCAACGCUGGAAUGUGUUUAGUAGCAAAACGUCAGAGCAGCAGCCGAAGAAGAAUCUUUCAUCCCUGCGUAAGAGCUUCAGCUUCCGGCUGCGGCGGGGUGCGGAGUUCAGGAGGGAGGAUGAGUGCGGUGACACCUGCUCCCUGCACACCAUGGCCUCGCGGAAGGAGCUGUUUAUUUCAGAAGCUCCACUAGGUGAAAGCAAAGAGAGCAGACCCAGUCUGUGGCGGCUACUUACUGGCCCUUUCCGAAAGAAGGAGUAUGCCACUGGCGGUACCUGGCACAAGGACAACUGCAUCAGAGGAGCGGAGCCUAUGCUGGUGGGCAUAUCCUGCACAGCAGGUAAGACUGGCAUUCUGCAGGGAGUCUCCGGCACCUGUGACUUGUGUCUCUGCCUGGCAUGA